AUGGCAGAAGAGAAUGUAGCACAUCAAGUAUUGGAGGAAAGUGAUAAGAAUCUGGACCUGGAACAGAAUGUUGAAAAUCAGGAAGAAAACAAUAUGGAUAAAAGAAGCAGUAAAUCCAUUGCUUAUCAGAAUGGUGAUUACCAAAAAACAGUAUACAAAGGAAAGGGAAGGAUUCAAUGUUCUAUCUGUCAGAAAAGCUUUGCUAGUAUAUCAACCCUUAAAGUACAUUGGAAAACACAUACAGGUGAGAAACCAUAUGACUGCUUGCAGUGCGGAAAGAGAUUUAGUCAUCCCUCAACUCUUACUGUACAUCAAAGAACUCACACAGGAGAGAAACGGUAUAAGUGUUUGGAAUGUGGAAAGAGCUUUAUGCUGAGUACAAACCUCAUUUUGCAUCAAAGAAUCCACACGGGAGAAAAACCAUAUCAGUGCAUGGAAUGUGGAAAGAGCUUUAGUCUGAAGAAAAGCCUUACUCUUCAUCAAAGAAUCCACACGGGAGAAAAACCAUAUAAAUGUCUAGAAUGUGGAAAGAGUUUUAGUCAGAAGUCAAGUCUUAAUAUCCAUCAAGGAACACACACAGGAGAGAAACGGUACAAAUGCUUUGAAUGUGGAAAGAAGUUCAUACAGAGCACAACCCUCAUUUUGCAUCAAAGAAUUCACACAGGAGAAAGACCAUAUAAAUGCUUGCAAUGUGGAAAAAGCUUUAUUGUGAAGUCAAGCCUGACUCUUCAUCAAAGAAUCCAUACAGGAAUAAAACCCUUUAAAUGUCUAGAGUGUGGAAAGACCUUUAAUGAAAGUACACGUCUUCUUAGACAUCAAAGAAUUCAUAUGAGGGAGCAUUCAUUUCAAUUUAUUGAGUCUGGAAAAGGGUUUAGGCGGAGUACAAAUCAAAAAACCCAUACAGGCGAAAAACGAUAUAAAUGUUUGGAAUGUGGAAAAGGCUUUAGGCUGAGUACAACACUCAUUAUACAUCAAAGAAUUCACACAGGUGAAAAACCAUACACGUGUUUGGAGUGUGGAAAAAGCUUUAUGCGGAGUACAACCCUCAUUGUACAUAAAAGAAUCCACACAGGAGAAAAACCAUAUAUUUGUUCAGAAUGUGGAAAGAGUUUCAUGCAGAGUGCAAACCUCAUCAUACAUCAAAGAACCCACACAGGUGAGAAACCAUAUAAAUGCUUGGAGUGUGGAAGGAGCUUUAUUCAGAACUCAAGCCUUACCGCCCAUCAAAGAAGCCACACUGGGGAAAAACUAUAUGACUGUUCAGAAUGUGGAAAGAAGUUUACACGAAAUGCAAACCUUAUAAUACAUCAAAUACUGCACACAGGGGAGAAACCGUACAAAUGCAUGGAAUGUGGAAGGAGCUUUACUCUAAGCAAAAGGCUUAUUAACCAUCAAAAAAUCCACACAGAUGUGAAACCCUUUAAAUGUCUGGAUUGUGGGAAAAGCUUCAGUCACAGCAUAACUCUUAAGAGACAUAAAAAUACACAGACAGGGGAAUGUAAAAAAGGCUUCAGUCAGAUGCAAAGCAAUCCGAAGACUCAAACCAAGAAGAAACCGUAUCAAUGCCUGGAGUGCCGAAGUUGCUUCAGUCACAACUCAAACCUUCUUAGACAUCAACUAAUCCACACAGGGGAGAAGCCAUUUAAGUGCCAGGAAUGUGGAUACGGCUUUAGCCAGCACUCAAACCUUAUGAGACAUUUGCUUAUUCACACUAGGCAAAAACAAUAGAAAUGCUCAGAGUGAGGGGAAAUCUCUUGUCCAUGAAUAAAGCAUGAUUAGACCAUUCACUCAGACAGGUCAU